AUGCCUCCUAGGAAGUCAGCUAGGGCCGCCGCCGCCGCUGCUGCUGCUGCUGCCGCGGCACCUUCGCCCUCCCCACCUCCAGCCGCUCCGGCCGUUAACACGACUCCCCUCAAGGGCCUCCGUAUCGCCGCAUACGGCGCGUUCACUGGCGGCGUCACUGAGCAAGACAUCCUUGCCAAGGCUGCGGAUCUCGGGGCGGCCACAACCCUCUCCAUCACCAAGACGGUCACCCACGUCAUUUGCAACCAGACGGACUACGACCGCAAGGCCCCCAAGCUCCGCAACCCCAUUAUCAACCGUCCGAACGACCUGAUCUUCCUCUCUGAGGACUGGCUUGACGCCUGCGAAACUGCCGGCAGCAAGGUCGACGAGGCGCCCUAUGCGUUCACGCAGAAGAAGGACACUCAGGCCAACGGAACCGCGAACGGUACUCUCAACGGCAAGAAGCGCGCCGCUGCGGGAUCCGACGACGAAAGUGACGAGGACACCAAGCCGCCCUCGAAGAAGCGCGCAAAGGGCGCAAAGGGCGCUGCAAAGGACGAAUCUGACGACGGUGAGCUACCACUACCACCCUCUGACAGCCAGUUACUGAUACCACCAGACACCAAGCCCGCCAGCAAGGGCAAGGGCAAGGCGGCCGCGUCCAAGCCCGCCAGCGGCUCGGCCAAGGCCACGCUCGAUGCCAAAGUCGCGAGCCCCGUCAAGCAGAAGCCUGCCAAGAAGAAGACUGGUGCGGUCCAGAUCCCCUUGGACCAGGGCUGUCACCUCAUCACCCACAGCGUCUACAUUGACCCCACGGGUCUGGCAUUCGACGCUUCGCUCAACCAGACCAACUCGAGCAACAACAACAACAAGUUUUACCGCAUUCAGGUGGGCAUAACAUACCGUACAAAGCUUACCCUUCAGCUUCUCCAGAACGGUAACGACUACAGGACCUGGACACGCUGGGGCCGUGUUGGCGAGCAUGGCCAGAGUGCUCUUCUUGGCGGGGGCACGCUUCCCGAUGCCAUGAAGAACUUUGAGAAGAAGUUCAAGGACAAGUCUGGUCUUGCCUGGGCCCAGCGCGACCAGCCUCCCAAGAGCAACAAGUACGCAUACAUCGAGCGCAGCUACGAGGACUCUGAUUCAGAGGAUGACAAUGACGACUCGGACGUCAAGAAGGAAGACGAGGACGAGGAGGAAUGGGUUCCCCCCGUGUCCAAGCUGCCCACGCCUAUCCAGCAGCUCAUGGCGCUCAUCUUCAACCAGCAGUACAUGAACGCUACCAUGGCGUCGCUCAACUAUGAUGUCAACAAGUUGCCCCUUGGCAAGCUCAGCAAAGGUACCAUUCUCCGCGGCUUUGAGGCCCUCAAGGAACUCGCCGAGCUUUUCGACGACCACGCUCUCGCCCAGUCCAAGCACUCCAAGACCUACCCCGAGGCCGUGGAGAUGCUUUCCAACAGGUUCUACAGCCUCAUCCCCCACGCGUUUGGCCGCAACCGCCCACCCGUCAUUGCCAGCGAGGCCCAGCUCAAGGCCGAAAUCGACCUCAUGGACUCGCUCGGCGACCUCAAGGAGGCCGCGGCCAUCAUGAAGGCCGAGCGCCCCAAGGACACUGUCCACCAGUUCGAUCGCCAGUACGCUGCGCUGGGCAUGGAGGAGAUGUCCGCCCUCGACCACAGCACGGCCGAGUUCAAGAACAUUGCUCAGUACCUCGUCGAAUCCAAGGGCGACACCCACCAGGCCAACUACAGGGUGGAAGAGAUCUUCCGCAUCGAGCGCAAGGGCGAGCAUGACCGUUUCGACCAAGGCGAGUACGCGAAGCUCAAGAACAAGGACAAGAACCGCAGGCUCCUCUGGCACGGAAGCCGCUCGACCAACUUUGGGGGUAUUCUGUCGCAGGGCCUCAGGAUUGCUCCUUCCGAAGCCCCCGUUUCCGGUUACAUGUUCGGCAAGGGCGUCUACCUCGCGGACAUGUCCAGCAAGAGUGCCAACUACUGCGCUGCCCACAUUUCGAACAACACCGCCCUCCUUCUUCUCUGCGAGGCCGAGCUCGGAAUCAUGCAGGAACUCAACGACAGCUCCUACAAUGCCGGCGACACCGCCGCCGCCCAGGGCAUGCACAGUACCUGGGGCAAGGGCAAGGUCGGUCCGUCGGUGUGGAAGGACGCGUCCUGCAUUCACCCAGACCUCAAGGGAGUCCAGAUGCCCAACGUCGAUGUCAAGCCUGGUCUCACUGGUGCCCCUGGCGCCUGGCUCCAGUACAACGAGUUCAUCACGUACUCGGUCGACAGCUUGAAGCUCAGGUACCUCCUCCGCGUCAAGAUAUUUCCCUCACAGCGCUACCCACCCACUCUCUCCCCCUCCACCCCCUCCAACCCCUCCACCCCAUCCACCCCCGUAUGA